AUGGUAAGUUAUUACUUAGUCUCUAAAUAGCAGACAACGUGAAAAGCUGACCCAAUUCAUAUCUAUCACAGGCAUGCAAGAUGCUCCUGCAAGGAAAUAUCUGAAUUCUAAAAACUGGGACCUUGAGCUAGCUGUGGAUGAGUUUUACAAUUCAGGAGCCCAAAUGCCUCGAGAUCAGCCAGCUCCUACAAACCAAAAGAAUAUUGAAAGCCUCUUUGCUCGCUACAAAGGCUCCAACCCUAACCAAAUUGAAAGUGAAGGGAUUGAGCAUUUUUGCAGAGACUUAGGAAUAGAGCCUAUGGAUGUCGUAAUUUUAGUGAUCUCUGACUCCCCCACUCCGUGAGCAAACAAACCAUUAAAAAAUACCUAUUUUUUGCCCAAAACCCAGAACAAUAAUUUUUUUAAUAGAAAAAUAUUUUAUGAAAAAACAAUUUUUAUAUAUGUCAUAAUUAUUUUAAUGAAAUCUCAAGCUAAUUCUGUUGAAUUUAAAACAAAUUGCGUUUUAAAGCAUAAAUUUUAUAAAUUAAAUUAAUAUUUGCUUUCCAAUUUUUGCAAAGUAGGAUUUUUUUAAAUGUCGAAAAUAAGUUUUUUCUAGAAAAUUUAUAUAUAAUUUUUAAAAAACAAAAAAAUUAAACCCCCCUCCUUAGCGAAUAAUUUUUGUCGCUCUCGAAGGGGAGAGUAAGUAUUUCAAUGCGGCUACAAUGGGGGUCUAUACAAAAGAAGAAUUUUGCAGUGGCAUGAAAGCUCUUGGAUGCGAUGAUGUCAACAAACUUAGGCAAAAAAUCCCCGAAUUGAGAAGGGAGCUCAAUAAUCCUCAAGCUUUUAAAGAAGUUUAUAAUUAUGUGUUCACAUUUAGUCGAGAUCCAGGGGUAAGAAAUUUAGGUUAUGAAACAGCUGUAGCAUUGUGAAGGCUGUUAUUGACUGAAAAAUAUCCAAUUGUGAAUAGGUGGAUUGAAUUUUUGGAAAGAAGAGAAAAAAAGCAUGAUGUAAUGAAAGAUACAUGGGAGAUGUUUUUGGACUUUGCGAUAAUUUUAGAAAGAGAAGGGCUACAAGGCUAUGACCCGAAUGGAGCUUGGCCUGUUUUGAUUGAUGAGUUUGUCGAAUAUUUAAGACGUUAA